CCUCAACCAGUACAUUUGCUAUUUUAUGUUAUUAGCUAAUUAUGUAUUACUAUUAUAAUUAUUAUGUUACUGGCUAAUGUUAUUAGCUGUUAUUUUACAGCUACAAAGUGAGCCAGCUGCCCAAGUGUGUCUGUAAUGUAGAGCCCCUGGCUGGAGCUGACAGUGGUUGUGUUGUAGCAGGUAGAGCCACUGAACAGUUUGUCAAACUGUUUUUCCUGCUGAAAUCCUCUUCAGCUCUACUUGUCCAGGCCCAGGCAAGGAAUUGCUUAAACAUCUAUAAAAGUUCCUUGUUUUCUUCUUGAAUUGGAUCCUGGAGUUGUACUAAUUCUGACGAGGCCUUGGCAUCUACAGGGACCUCAAGGCGGAAAGUGCGGUUUCUGGGGAAAGGAGCUUGCUGGUGGAGUAAGUUUGAAAAGAUCGUAGCAGUUCCAGUAAUUACUCAUUUCAUCAAGCCAUCUAUAUUUAAAGGGGAAAAUAAAAAAAAAAAACCACGCUCCUCCAGUGUUGUUUCCUGCAAAGACCAUUCUUAAGAGCUCGUUGGACAGCGCAGGACUCUUGAAGUGAUAGCUAAUUGGUGAAAGAAAGGCCCUGAUUGUCUUGAGGGAGCUGGAAAGUGCUGCGUGUGCUGCUGAAAGGGACUAGGGAGAAGGUGCCUGGUUUCGCUGAGCAGCUGCUGCUGGAGAUGUUUGGAGAUUACAUCAGCAUUGGAAAAAAGGGGCAAAAAAAAAAAAAGAAGUCCAACUUCACAGAGACGGAGUUUAUGGAGGUUUUUUUUCCCCCCCCCCUUCCAAAGGUCUUCUGACAAUACUGUCAUUGUCAAUAUAAGAGUUGUUAAUUCUUUAUGAAUAGCACAUGGGGCCUCUUGACUAAAUAGUACGUUACAUGUCCCAAAUCUGUCAGCUGGACUCUUCUCUCACAUGCUAGUGAGAUCACUUUGAUUGGAAUGUUAGAGGAAUUGCUGGGCUGGCCGUGCAGAACUGAAUACUGCAUUAUAUAAUUAGAUCUCCCAGAGUAUUUUUUUUCACAUUACCUCAUUAUUCUAGCUUAAAUAUGGAAUCGGCCCUUUUGAUGAUUUUGCUGGUUGUAAUUAUAUUAAUACGAUUCAUUUUGUGGUCCUGCCUUAGUGCUUAUAUAGAUUAUAAGCUGUCCCGAAGGUUUCCUGACGCAAGGAAAGAGGACUGAGAGACUUCAAAAGGCUUCUUCAGAUUUGAAUGGACAAUGGGGAGAGCUGGAUAAGGUAAAUGGAGCUAGAGCAGCUCUUACCUUGGGAUCUGAUGAGAGAGAAAUGACGUGUCGAGAGUGCAACCGAGUGAAGAUCCUUCAGAAAGCCACGUGCUGACAGAGGGGAAGGAGUGACAACUGACUGAGUCAAAUGACUUCCUCUCCAACUGGGGCAUGGAUUUAUUGUUGGGAGCAGACUUGUGGACUUUUGCCAGUUAAAUGAUUUGGACAAGCUGGGGGGAAUCCUAUUGCUGGGCAGUCCAAGAGUGCCAGUGGCCCAGCCUUGACACGUGAGAUGUGGUGUGUGGUGCCUGCUGGACACACUGCUGCUCUGCACAUUCAGGUGUCAGCUGGCAUGGAGUGAGUUCUGACACCAAAGCCCUGCAAGGUACCUUCAUUUCCAACCUUAAAUAAAGACCUUACUAGAGCACGGAAGGAUUUGACUACGUGUCCAAGGCCAUAGUGACUUAGGAUUUUUUGGUUAACUUACCUUGCAAAAGGAGGUAAACUGUUCCAAGUGAACUGUCUCCUUUUAGAUGGGUGUUAUACUAAGCCAAACAUCCUAUAUCUUACUACAUACCCAACUCAAUUUGACAUCUGCUUUUAAGAACUGAAUUUUCUGCUGUAAAAAUAGAAAGACUGUAUUGCUUUGCCUGAGGCCCAGUCACCUUUCUUUUAAAAAAAAAAAAAAAUAAAAAGUUCUUUUUGUUUGAUAAAUUUCUAUGUCAUGUAAAAGUGAAGGUUGCCACUUUGUGUACUUAAUUCUGUAUCUCUUGGUAGCUCACAUGAUGAUGUCAGAGUUCAGCUACAGUAUUCCCAUCCAAAUUUUCUGGCCCAUUCACGACUCUCACCUUCCUACAGGCUCGUCAUUAAUAACUGUUAAUCAACCCUUAUCAUUUUGUGUUUUGAAGCCUCCUAAAACUCAGAUGUGAGAACUGGGCUAUGCUUAUGUCAGGUCUAUUGAUUUCAGCCUCAGAUUUUAUUUAUGGUGGAUGGCCAAUGUACUAAACAGCCUGCAAUGCCUGAAAUGCAUGUCAUUGACUUGAAAUCCAGCCAGAUGACAAUAAAUUAAAUGUGGAUGUAACUAA